AUGGAGGGACUGGUCCUGCUCAACGCCCUGGCCACCCGGCUGCUGUUCCUGCUGCACUCGCUGGUUGGGGUCUGGCGAGUGACCGAGGUGAAGAAGGAGCCGCUGUACUGGCUGCUCGCGCUGCUCAACCUCUUGCUCUUUCUGGAGACUGGGCUCACCCUCAAGUUCAAGCGCGGCAGAGGCUACAAAUGGUUUUCACCAGCCAUAUUUAUAUAUCUGAUUAGCAUUGUUCCAUCAUUAUGGCUUCUUGAAAUGCACCAUGAGACCCAGCAUUGCAGUAGCCAAUCUGAAGGGAUGUCACAAAAUACCAGCAGCAAAGAAAACUUCAAUCAAACUUUGAUGUCAAGUGAACAAGCCAAUGGAGCAGAUGAUCUCAUUAAGACGGCCAAAGUUUUUGUAAAUAACUUAUCUACAGUAUGUGAAAAAGUUUGGACUUUGGGACUCCAUCAGACAUUCUUGCUAAUGCUCAUAAUUGGAAGAUGGCUUCUACCCAUUGGAGGCGGGAUCACUAGGGACCAACUCUCUCAACUUCUCCUUAUGUUUGUGGGAACAGCUGCUGACAUACUGGAAUUCACAAGUGAGACCCUGGAGGAACAAAAUGUGAGGAAUAGCCCUGCCCUAGUCUAUGCCAUCCUUGUUAUAUGGACCUGGAGCAUGCUGCAGUUUCCACUUGACCUGGCAGUACAGCAUGUCGUCUGCCCCUUGUCUGUGGCAAUGAGGGGGUUCCCCAGUCUGUUUUUUUGCCAGUACAGUGCCGAUCUGUGGAACAUUGGAAUCAGCAUCUUCAUACAAGAUGGUCCCUUCCUUGUCGUGCGUCUCAUAUUGAUGACCUAUUUCAAAGUGAUAAACCAGAUGCUGGUGUUCUUUGCCGCAAAGAAUUUCCUUGUGGUGGUGUUGCAACUCUAUCGCUUGGUGGUGCUGGGGCUGGAUGUCCGUGCUUCCUUGCGAAAUCGGCCAGGAAGACUGAAAGCAGAGCACAGCUGCCCGUGUGAGCCAGCUGUGAGUGGGAUCUCACCUGGAGAUUGGGCGAGUGGCUCUAAUGGGGGCUUGGGUACCCCCUUGCAGGCCUUGCCUGUCACCCCUGAGCACUCUCACCCCACACCGUAG